AUGGAAGCUUUUGGUUACAAGGUUGAUCCUCGUAGUUUUGUUUCGACGCCAAGUUUUAUCCUGCGUAUUGUUUCUCUUGCGUUCUGCAUUAUUAUAAUUGCCUGCAUUGACCGGGAUGGGUAUUUUGCUGGUCGUUGCCUGUUUUACAGUGGUGGUUCGGCAUGUGGUAUCGCCUUGACUACUGCUAGUUUUGGACUUAUAUUUUGUCUUGUGUACAUUGCUAUUGAUGCCAUCUUCUUAAGCAUACCACAGCAGAACUACCGAAAAUACGUUAUAAUGGUCGAUCUUGGGUUCAGCGGAAUUUGGACAUUCGCAUACUUUUUUACAUUUUGCUAUAUGGCCAACCACUGGCAACGUUCGGAUGCUGGUAGCGCUCUUGAUAAUGUUAACGUGAACAACAUUCGUGCUUCAAUCGCCUUUGCAUUCUUCUCCAUAUUCUCCUGGGCUGGUAUUACCUACACGGCUUACCUGCGUUACCAGUCUUCGAAGACUUAUAAUCAGUACGCCGAUGACGUCAUAGAAACAAGAGGAAGCCAGGGGGCUAAUGUUGCAUCGAGUGGCGGUUACAUUGACUACUUUAACCAACCUCCUUCCACUCAGUCUGGAUUUGAUGGCGCUGGCACCGACGAGUUUGUCUCCGAUGCACACCGCGCGGGGGACACAGACCUGCUGGCUAGCUAG